GCCAUCUUCAGGCAGCUGCGGGCGUUGUCCUUGGUGCCCAGAAGCAAGGGCAAGCUGGCGGACUUGGAGACCGACCUCGGUUGGGCCCUCGCCGCGGAGACGUGCAUGUGGGACGUGAUGCGCGUCAUUUUCGCCAGCGGCGUCUUCGGCUUCCACGUGGGCCAGCUGAUGCGCGUGGCGAAAGGCCACGGCAUCACGUACAAGGUCCUGGGCGAGGCCGCGCAGACCUUCCAGUGGCCCGCCAUCGGGCGCAAAGUGCUGAAGCCCUGCGAUGGCAGGACGGCUGGCGCAUUUGCGCCGAAGCGAGCCGAGAGCCAUUGGGAGAACGUAAGCUUCAAGGCGACGGCGUCCGAGAGCCUCGCGCUGGCCCCCUGGCUCAAGUACUUCUUCCGCGCAGCGUCGUCGGCGCGCGGGGCGCCCGACUUGGCG